AAAGGGCUCCGAGGGCUGCGGGUGGAUGUGGGUCAGCCAGUGCUCGUGUUGGCUGUGGAGGAUCCGCACACGCGCCCUGUCACUGCCGCCGCCGCCGCCGCCGCCAGUGCCUCGCUAAGUGCCAUCGUGCGGGAUUAUCACGGCGACGGAGUGCCAGGCCCGUGCCACCGCCUCACGCCCUGCCUGCCCUGCCCUGCCCUGCGUGCAGCGUGCCCAAAGUGAACUUUACGAGAGACGCAAUAGUGUUCCAUUGAACUUUUACCUUUUUCCGUUCUCUGCGAGCAUCUCCCUCCUCGCCGCUGCUCGCUUGCGCGCACGCGUAAGAUAGUGUGAGUGUGUGUCGGAUGCCUGAGCUUCUGUUCAGUGCCCACCCCAAGCAGGUGCCAGUGCCAAGGAGCCGCCCCGGAGUGCCAAUUGUGGUGUCGUAUUUCUCCGAGCUGGACCGCCGAGGCGCCCGAGACGGAGGUGUCUGGCGCGGGUAGUGAUCCGCCUGUGAGGCCAAAGGGAAAGAGACAGCGCGAGAAAAGAGCAGUAAUCCAGUGCGAACUCGAGAUCAGAAAGAAAUCUGAUGAAUGCGAAUAGAUAGCCAGAGGAAGGAGCCGAGUGUCUCUCCCGCCCUGUGAUGUACUCGCGCCGAGGAUGCCCCCCCUGAACUCCAGGAGUGAUCUCGACCGCUGCCCGCCCCCCCCUGCCCCUCCCGCGCCCCCUCCCUCCUCCCCCGCCCUCAAUCUACCUGUCCUGUGAGCCCGAGGAGACGACCCCCCCCUCUCUCGACCUCCCUCCCUCUCUACCUCCAUUUUUUUUUUAUCUUUUCACUUUCUCUUCUUCCCUAAUCUUUCCUUUUCUCUCCCUCUCUCGUCUUACACGCAUCUCAGGACCAACCAAAUACCUCUUGCUAGCCUUCUCCGCCGCCUUAGCUUCCUCUACGUGUCUGUCACUUUCUCCCAAGCCCUCUUUUUAUUCCCUGCUUCCCUAAGUCUAAUCUUCUAGUUAGACAUUUCCUCUGUUAUUCUCUUUCUGGGUCUUCCCUUCAUCGAUAAUUCGUCUACCUUCUUCCCAUUUACCUCAGUUUUUGUAUUGCUUCUGUUGUUCUAUUUUAUUGUUUUCAUUGCAUUGCUCCCACCCCCCCAUCCCCCUCCUUCUUCGGGGACCCCCACCACCUCCAUCCUACACCGUUGCCAAAGCUUCUAGAAACCCUCACCUGAAAAUCCUAGCCACGCAUCCUACCAGUGCAUCCCUGUGUCCUAGGGCGCUUCCUUCGAGGGAGUCAUUUGCCCGAGUGUCCCUCAAGAAAGAGAGAGAAGGACUCCCUGAUUUUCCUUCCCUUGAGUCCUAGCAGAGAGCGAAGGACGGACGAGAUCGCGCAACGCAGCUCAGUUACCUUCACAAGGACCAUCGCUCGAGCGCAAGCAUUAAGCAAAAUGGAGUCUCAACGAUGCCUGUUGGCUUUGGCACUCAUCUGCCUAGCCAGUGCCAUCACCCACGCCACCACACAACAGAUCCACGAGUCCAUGAGUACAGAGGAUCUCCAAAGAAUAUUCCACGUGGAAACAUCAGAGCAAGUCCCAGCCUACGACGUGGUGCGGCUGCGAUCCCGGCUGCGGCGAUCUGCGGACGGCGACGAAGUGCGGACGGUCCACCUGCGGGCGCUGGGUUCGUCGCAGAUUCUGAACCUGCGGCCGAACCUCGACCUGGCCCGCCGCGUCCCCCUCUUCUUCGCCGACCGGGACCACCUCGGGGGCGUCGCCGUCACUCCCACGGCGCAUGAUUUGGACGUGGGAAUCCCGCACCAGGAUGAGCAGUCACUGGCGGCUGUCAUGGUUGCUCACCACCCACUCACGGGCGCGCUGACGAUGGACGGAACCGUCGGCGAGGACCUGGUCAUCCGGCCCCUACCGCCCACGCUCUACCACCUUGCCGAGCCGUCGCCGCCCACCCCGCCCGAGAGUGCGCCCGCGGGAGGGAGGCCCCGGGAGGAGGAGGUGUCCCUCAACCAGCUGACGCCUCCUGACGACGAGCUCUUCAUGGACGAGCUGGAGGAGCUGGAGGACGAGAUGGUGUUCGACGACGGCCUCCCGCUCGACAGGGACGACAUGGGCUCGCUGCUCGACCUCCGACCCAGAGGGAACGCCACUCUGCCCGAGGGUCUGACGCUCCUGAGACGAAGGCGCGGAGCCGAGACCGAGGGCUUCCACAUCGUGUACCGAAGGAGCAGCCCCGGGGUCGACACGGACUACGCCAUGAUGGAGUUGGACCACAUUCCCGCCCGCAGCGCAGACGCCCGCCCUCGCCGUAAGCGCAGCGCCCCUUAUAUCAUUUACCCCGAGAUCCUCGUCCUGGUCGACUAUGAUGGUUACCUUCUACACGGGCAGGACAACAGCCAAAUCAAGAGCUAUUAUGUGUCCUUCUGGAAUGGAGUCGACCUGCGUUACAAGCUGCUCAAGGGACCGCGAGUCAAAGUGUCCAUCGCCGGCAUAAUUAUUUCGAGAAGCCGCGACGCCAUGCCCUACCUGGAGAGGAACCGCGUGGGGAGGGACGCGAUCGACUCCGCCAGCGCCCUCACCGACAUGGGGAAGUACCUGUACCAGGAGCGACGUCUUCCCACCUACGAUAUAGCCGUCGCCAUCACCAAAUUAGACAUGUGUAGACGCCAAUUCAAAGGGGGGGUUUGCAACAGGGGUACUGCAGGCUUCGCAUACGUGGGCGGAGCUUGCGUCGUGAACAAGAGGCUGCAGAAGGUGAACUCCGUGGCCAUCGUCGAAGACACGGGCGGCUUCUCCGGGAUCAUCGUCGCCGCCCACGAAGUCGGCCACCUCCUGGGCGCCGUGCACGACGGGUCCCCUCCCCCCUCCUACCUGGGGGGCCCCGGCGCAAGAAGAUGUCGCUGGGAAGAUGGCUACAUUAUGAGCGACCUCAGACACACGGAAAAGGGCUUCAGAUGGUCUUCUUGCUCCGUGGAACAGUUCCAUCACUUCCUUAACGGCGACACAGCGACCUGCCUGUACAACCUGCCCCACGAGGACGAGUCUCUGCCGCGCGUCCUGCCGGGGAAACUGCUCUCCCUCGACGCCCAGUGCAGGAAGGACCGGGGGACGUCGGCCUGCUUUAAGGACGACCGAGUGUGCGCUCAGCUCUUCUGCUUCGACGCCUCCAGCGGGUACUGCGUGUCCUACCGUCCUGCUGCCGAAGGGUCGGACUGCGGCAGCGGGAAGAUCUGCAGCAACGGCCGGUGUGUCUACGAUAACGGCAACAGCAUUUCCGAUUUCGACGUGCACAGGUCCGGUGAGCAUUAUCUAUUCGAGUCGACGCAGAUAAAGCCUGUGUAUACCGACCCCCCCUCGUCCACUACCCCCGAUCCCCCCACCUCUUCCACAACAGCUAGGUCCAGCUGGUGGAACAGAUGGGACCGUAACAGAUGGAACGACCGCAAUACCACCCCACAGACGACCACCACAACCACAACCACAACCACCACCACAACCACAACCACCACGCCCUCACCCCCCAAGAGCCUCAAGAAAAACUUUAUAGAUUCAGUGAAGCCGAAUAGUGAUAAUGAGUGUGAGGACCGCAUCGCCAACAUCGCGGGCAGCCUCACGUGCCAGGAGUUCCUCCGCUCCUACGGCUUCCGCUACUGCGGCCACCGCUACAUCCAGAAGAACUGCUGUCGCUCCCAGAAGGAGAUGUGCCGCGGGGCCUAGGAGGGCGUGGGCGCGGGCGCUUGUUUAUCCCCCGGCGUGUGGGUGGGUGGGUAGCCUGAGCCUGGCCGCGGGCGUCGCUAGGCUCGUUCGUCCGUCCGUCUGUCUAUCCGUCCGUCCGUCUUUCUGUCUGUGUCUGUCUGUCUAUCCGUCUGUUUGCCCCAGUCUAGACCACCAAGACAGGACUCUCACGCCCUCGAAGGAACUGCUCGAGCGCCCUUGGCACUUCCGCCCGCCCGCGUCCCCGUGCCAGGCCUCCUCCGCCCACGAGUGGUGCUGGCAACGGCCGCAAAUGCAGCGUCUGUGCAGCUGCAGCGUCGGGUCGUCCGGCAUUGCAGAGCGGUUGCAGGAUCGGGUCUGUUCCCCCUCUGGAGGCGGCGGCGACUUGCUGGCAAGACGGCGCCGCUGGGAAGCAGAGAGGGAAGGGCGGGCGGAGUGGGCGCCGGCUGCAAACACUGCCUUCGGGCGUCGCCGCGACUCCUGCCACCGGCCGCGCUUCUGCUGCCACCGCUUCGAGCGCCUGUGACACCGCUGCUCCAGUCUGCGUGGCCAAGCCUCUGCGGAACCCAGGAUUUCGGGCCUAAAUUUAGUCAAACGGCUUGGCUUUAUUUGGAAGAUGACAGUGAUUUUGAAAAAAAGAGAUGUUUUCGAGACUCAGUGAAAUCCUCAGGCAACACCAGUAUUGUGCAUCGCAAAAUUGGAAAAGGUUAAAAGUGAAGAAUGGCUGUAUGAGCCCAGCAGUUGGCACGUAAAAACAAGUUAAGAGAAAAUCAUACGUACAUACAUAUAUUUGUGUGUGUGUAUAUAUAUAUAUAUAUAUAUAUAUAUAUAUAUAUAUAUAUAUAUAUAUAUAUAUACACGUAUGUAUAUAUAUAUGUGUGUGCGUGUGUGGAUUUUUUGUUCCAAGGAACGUCUUUCGGUAAAAAAGAACACUUGAUCAGUUCCUUUUCAAAAAGUGGAGGCACACGAAGAAUUCCAAGUGGAAAGCCCGAAGGUCAAAAGAGGUCAUUGUGCGCGGUGGUCAGCGUGGGGGGAGGGGAGGGUGCCAACCCCCCUCCCCCCUUCCCUCUUCCGCUCCGAGACGGACGUGAUAGCAGUUCAAUAUACUCAUUUUAUGUUCAAUAGAAUUCCUGUAUCUCUGUAAAUAGUUGUUGAUUUUAUAUAUAAACUACAUUCUCUCUUUUUACGAUGUAUCAUAUAAAAUCUCUUUAUUCCUCACAUUUUCUCCCCGCACUGAACUGUGCGAAAUUACAGUGGUUUCUAAAUUUCGUUUUUUGUGUGCAAUUUCUCUUACAGCAAUUUUGGAAAAUUAUCUAUAUCUACCAAAUACGAUAAAUGCCCCGUUUUUCGUGUGUAUUCUCUUUUUAUUGACUUUUUUAUAUAUAAAUUAUAGAACAGUAAUAACGAUGUCACUUUAUUGUACAUAAAUGUUUUUAAAUCCUUAGUAUUUAUCGGUAAGAAAAGCCUUCUCUCGCACUCUUGAUUUAAGAUGAUCAAGUCGCCAAUAUUCUUAAAUUUCAAAGCCGAUCAAGGAAAAGUCUGCGGAAACGGUGAUGGAAUUUUACAAAACCUUUUGAAAGGUUAAUUAAAUAUCUGUUUUCGGCAAUAACAGAAAACGGUUGUUCAGGACUUUCAAUUUAGGAUAGACUAUAGUAAUGAGGUUAAUUACCUCCAGUGGCGUGCAGUGGCCGAGGGGCGGCGUCCUCGGCCAUCCACAUGGGGUGGGCAUCCAAUCAGAGACGGAAAUGAGGGUGAUGUUGAAAUUCAUAUUUAAAUCGAAUAAAGUGCCUAUUUCAUUUUCAUUUGCAUAUUCAAAAUAUCUCCCUUUCUCAUAAUAUUUGUCAGUACUAGGCCUUGAGUCACUGGGGCAUACAAUCAAGGAGUUGGCCCCGGGCAUCACUCUGCACGCCACUGCCUUGGUCCAAAGCAAAGAAGACACUCAAGAAAGGAAUACUCGAGUUCUGUUUUUUAUAAUCCACAAUGAAUGAAAAAUCGUGUUGACCGCAUAGUAGAUUUUUUUUUCUAUUUUAAACACAUUUCUAAAAAAAAUGCAUCUUAGCUAAAAAAAAUAAGAAAAAAAUGUAGGCUUGCAAGACCUAACAGUAUUAUACGAGAGGUCCUUGGCGACCCUGCUGAGCCCAGGGAUGAUGAUGAUAAAAGAAGUAGAUGAGAGGAGAAGAGAAGACGAGAAUGAAGGAAGAAGAAAACGAGAAAAAAAACGUAGAAUUAACUCUAUUUCUUUUAGGUGUCGGGACAUGUUUCACGAAACUCGCGCUGGGAAGGAAACUUGUCACUUCAAACCUUUUUUAUUUUAGGUUUUUAUUUGAAUUUUGUUGUAGGUGUUCUAUGUGAACCGUUGUUCAUUUGACAUGCUACUAAGUACAUGGUACAUACAUACAUACCUACGUCGUAAAUAUGCAUAUAUACAUGUAUGUAUGCAUGUAAGUAUUUGUAUCUGGGGAUAAGUAUUUGAAAUAUUUUUCCCGCGCCUUUUAUCUACCGUCCCGUUGAAUGACGUCAUCAGUAUAUCCGGGUCUCAUAGAGUUAAUGACAUAAGCAUAUCCCAGUGACGUCACAAAGGGUGGGUGACGUCACCAUAAUAGCAGAAUGUUGCUUCGUUUUCAUUUAGCAACAUAUUACCCUGUCUUUGCUUAGAUCCAUUUACAUGUCAUACUUCAUGUUUCUUCCAUUUCUCGUCUAAUCAGAAAAAAAAUCUAAAUUAUUUCGGUUGUUUUAGUUAGUUGUGCCAUUAUCAAUUAUUUAUUUAAAGACGCAGAUGUCUAUCAGUCAGCUGCAGUAGAUAAGCUGAAAAAGCGGUUCUCCUUCUUGCAGAAUGUGUGUUAAACCCUUGCAUAUCUCAUAUAUUUAUAUGUGUAUAUAUAUGUAUAUAUGUAUGCAUAUAUAUGUAUACAUAUGUGUAUGUAUA